CCUUGGCGCGCAGGUAGUGAAAACACUGGUAAAGCUCUAGCCCGAGCAGAACGAUCCAAUGCGCAUGCGUGGAACAUUCGAUCACUGGUGGUGUAGCUAACGGCUAGGCUACAAAUCCAGUCGACAUGGAGAGGAAAGUUCUAGCACUCCAGGCAAGGAAAAAGAGGGGUAAAGCAAAGAAGACCAACAAAAAACAGCCAGCCAAUCACAGAGCUCGACAUCAACCCCAGCAGGAAGCUUCGCCCCAGGAACCAGAAGAACCAGAGGAGAUCCUUGGCUCUGAUGAUGAGGAGCAGGAGGACCCCAAUGACUACUGCAAAGGUGGCUACCAUCAUGUUAAAGUAGGAGACCUUUAUAAUGGAAAAUAUCACGUAAUCCGUAAACUGGGUUGGGGACACUUUUCUACAGUGUGGCUGGCCUGGGAUAUCCAGGUGAAGAGAUUUGUUGCAAUGAAAGUUGUAAAGAGCGCUGAGCACUACACAGAGACAGCCGUGGAUGAGAUCAAGCUUCUGAAAUCUGUUAGAAACUCAGAUCCUGAUGAUCCAAAUCGUGAGAUGGUGGUUCAGUUACUCGAUGACUUUAAGAUCUCUGGUGUCAAUGGAACUCAUGUCUGCAUGGUGUUUGAGGUGUUGGGGCAUCACUUAUUAAAAUGGAUUAUAAAGUCCAAUUACCAAGGGCUGCCCCUUCCUUGUGUGAAGAGCAUCAUACAACAGGUCCUUCAAGGCCUGGACUACCUUCACACAAAGUGCCAGAUCAUCCAUACUGACAUCAAACCGGAGAACAUCCUGAUGACUGUUGAUGAGCCCUACGUUCGAAAGCUUGCAGCCGAAGCUACAGAAUGGCAGCGUACCGGGGCGCCUCCUCCCUCUGGUUCUGCAAUUAGCACUGCACCAGCUCCAAAACAGACUGUGAAAAUGUCCAAGAAUAAGAAGAAAAAGUUAAAAAAGAAGCAAAAGCGCCAAGCAGAGCUGCUGGAAAAGUGCAUCAUGGACCUGGAGGAGAUGGAGAAGACCACAGAGACCCGAGAGGAUGAGGACGAAGAUGAGGAGCCUCAGUCUCCAAAGGGACGAGUCUGUGCUCCUCUCAGACAGGUGUCUUUACAGGAGAUAGGAAAUGAGGAACCAAGAGAGGGCAGCAUGAGUGAAGAUCACAAGAGGGUGGGACCAGAGGAGCUUCCAGAUUCUAAUUGUAAUGGGCAUGUAGGGGUUGAGCGGAGAAAGCCCCAGUGGAGAAACGAAGACCAACACAAUGGCAAUGCAGCGUCUCCAGAGGGCCAACGCGUCGAGUGCCCCGUCUAUCAUUUGUGCAAUGGUGUGGAUUCCACAGAUUUUAAUGAACCAGACACUGAGACCGUCGGCAGAGGAGCCCGCCGCCGCGAAGUUACUGAAAGGCAGCUUUCUGUUGGCUUGGAAGAAGGAGAGCUGGAACAAAGCAUUCUGGAGGAUGAGGAAGAAGAGAAGGCCGACUGUCUCUACCGAAGACAGGAAAGCAUGAGAAACGACAAGUUAACAGCAGGAUCCCUUCUUAUCAACCCUCUUGAGCCAGUCAAUGCAGACAAGAUCAAGGUCAAGAUCGCUGAUUUGGGAAACGCCUGCUGGGUGCAAAAGCACUUUACAGAAGAUAUCCAGACCCGGCAGUACCGUUCUUUAGAGGUGCUCAUCGGUUCUGGAUACAGCACACCAGCCGACAUAUGGAGCACAGCCUGCAUGGCCUUUGAGCUAGCUACAGGGGACUAUUUGUUUGAACCACAUUCUGGAGAAGACUAUUCCAGGGAUGAAGACCAUCUUGCUCUCAUGAUUGAGUUGCUUGGUAAAAUCCCUCGUCACUAUGCACUGAGUGGGAAAUACUCACAGGAAUACUUCACCAAAAGAGGUGAUUUGAAACACAUCACAAAGCUGAAGCCGUGGGGUCUGCUGGAGGUUCUGGUGGACAAGUAUGAGUGGCCCCGUGAAGAAGCAGAGUCCUUCACUGACUUCCUCCUUCCCAUGCUGGAGAUGGUCCCUGAGAAGAGAGCCAUGGCUGCAGAGUGCUUACGCCACCCUUGGCUCGCCCUCUAGUGGACAACUCCAGCUCUUGUUCUUCCCCCCCACUUCCUCAAAAGACUGCAACAGAUCACUUUCCACUUUGGGCAUAUCUGAUGACUAUUUAUUUCUCCUUUUGUUGUCAUUUCUACUAUUCUUGUUAUUGAGCUAAAGCAUUUGUGUUUGUUUGCUUUGUACUUGUUGGUUCUUCUGUUUGUGUCACGUCAGGAAUCCAAUGAAAUUUUUUUAUUUUUUUUUUCUGUUUGUUGGUUCCAGCUGCUGUGCUGUACGACCCACCCAACCAAGCAAAGCUGUCAUUGUACUGCUAGUGACUCAUCCUUGUUUGUUACAAUUCUGCACUAAAACUCAAACAAAUCAAGGAUAUGUAGCCUCUAACUUUAGUCCCCUACAUCAGGACUCCUUACCAUUUUUUUUCUUGCGUCCUUUCAAAAGUGCUGUUUUUUUUUGUUUGUUUUUUAAUAUUUUAUGUAAGUCCUAUAAGGUAUGUAUUUUGUAUUUGUAAAGUGGGUAAAGGGAGUUGCACACUGGGCUGACUUUUACACUGACUGUAACAUAACAUCCAUUGCAUUUCUCCAGCCAGGUUCUUUAGAGUCUUGGUGACACUUUUUUCAUGAAUUAGGUCAUAUUUAGCUAGGGCACCUUUAUUUUGUGGAUAAGAAAUUAGAUCAUUUUUAUUGGAGGCUGGUUUUUCUCACACACUUAGUUCAAUUUAGAAUAGACUUUAAAUGACUUAAAAAGAAAUUAGAAGCCCAACCUAAAGGAGAAAAGUGAAAAUAAACUGUAUAUAUCUGUACCAAAGAGUUUGCCUUUAUGUAUAUUACAAUUAUGUACAGUUUUUAACAAAUCUUAUAUCUUAGCUAAAACUAUUUAGCUGGGUAGCUGUGUUUUAAUGAAGCGUAAGGCCGACAUGCUUGAGAUCAGUUGUACGUAUGGUCAGCUGUUGAACAAUGUCACCAAUAUUUUUUUUUUUGUUCUUUUAAGAUCCAGGUGGUGAGAUCUGAGUGUUUAAAUAAUGGUGUUCCCAAACUGGUCAUAUCAAAGUAAUCUGUGUUAUCUGUUCUGACCUAAAGGUGAAAAGUCCAGUUCACAUCAGUGUCACAUUUGAGAACAUCGACUUUGUGUGAGCCGUUGAUACGUUGUACAACACACCAUACAAUAAAGCAGAUCUUUAUGAA